GAUCGCAACGUUUUGUGUAGUAAAGGAAACAGACGUCUGCAAUAUGUCUGACUUUAUUGAGAAUAUUUUUAGAUUUGUCCUAAGCACCUUUGUGUUAUUUGGUUUUUGUUAAAAUUGUCGAUGAUAUGGACUACCCAUGACAUUUUUUUUAUCAGAUCGAUAAGAAGAUAACUUACAACGAAGUAAUGUAUUGUUGCGGGCCUUAAGUAUUUUGUGCGACUAGAAGAUAUGCAUGUCACGGGCGAAUUGCGAAUCCGUGGUUCGGAAUAAGUGCGCAUUUUUAUCGAAUAAGCAGCUGUAACAGUCGCGUAGUAUUGAGUUAUUUCACGUCCAGUGACCUGUAAGCUGGAAACAUGGAGCAGCUUGUGCAAUGCCCUGUGUGCACACUUUAUUUACACAAUGGCAUGAGCUUGGAAUCCCAUUUGGACACUCAUCCCAAAGAUCAGGUUAUUAAAGCUUUAUGCAGUCUUACAAAUAAAAGUGGCAGUAGUUAUGGAAGUCGAACUUCAACACCUGUACAUUCAGACCGCUCUUAUAGAAGCAGGUCUCGCACUCCAGCGACAGAGGACAGAUGGACCAGUUCUCAUCGCAGCAGUGAAAAUGACCGAUAUUGGAGAAGAACUCCCAGCAGAGCAUCAAAAUCAAGUCAGAUGUUUCCAAGUUCUCGUAUUGGCACACCAGAGACUAGGAUUGGAGAAGUUAAUUAUGAGAAUAACUUGAGUACCCCUGUUUCAUAUCCACCACCACCAUAUUCAAUAAAAAGUGAUAGAAAUCAACAAACCUAUGCAAAUACACCAACAUUGUCAGAAUUUGAUCAGCAGUAUGCUUAUUACCAAGAACCUCAAGAGGACAGGGAGGUUAAAUAUUCAAGAAGUGCUGAAUACUCUUCUCUAGAUAGCAAUUGCAGUGUUUUUACUCAUACUCUGCCAGUAGCAAGUUCCAGUGUAAAACUACAAACAACUUUAGUGCCUGCUGUCUCAAGAAGGAGCAAUGAAAAUCUUGUCAAAGUGUUACCUAAACCAAAUAAUAUACUUGUGAAAGCGAAUGUUGGGGGGGUGCAGUACAUAACCCCAGGAGUGAAGCCAAUGCAUGUAAUGGUCCCAACAGCACCAACAUUUGUUCAAAAGAAUGUACAAAAUAAUAUGAUAGUGACAAGUAGUAUCCCAGGGACACAAAAAGUAGUAGCGCCUCCUUUGUCCACAAACCAGUUUAAUCAAAUGACAAGUAGUACGUUUACCCCUGGAACUACAGUUGUACAGAAUUCUCAGAUUAUUUAUAGAGAGAUGGUUCAUAAUAUUGAUGGUAAGCAGUUUAUUUCAUGUGUGCCUUCAGUUCUAAGCCGUGAAAAUGUAACAAAUGUUUCUCAAGGUACUUCUAUGUAUCAAAAUGUAAUGGUUCUAGAUCAACUAGGAAAUGCAUCUUGUAUGUACACCACACCUCAAUCAAUUGUGCCCAAACCAAGUACCUCCUCUAUAUACAGUGACAAUAUGUCACAUAUACCAAGUAGCACAAGUGCUCAUAUUGAUAAGACACUGCCUAAUGCUCAUGAUUGUAAUAAGACAUUGAUAAUAGAAGUGGGCCCCAUAGUGCCCCCAUCCACUGAAGCUGCCGUAGCAAGCACUAGUUCUAUGACACUACAAACAGAUAUUAAUACUGCUAAAGCAGAUAAAUCUGUUAAUAGAGAUAAAAUGGAUAAAAAUGAAAUACCUGGCUCUAGCAAAGGACUGAAAAUUCUCAGUAAUAUCAAAGUAGAGGUCCCUGUUCAACAUAAUAAAAACAUGCUGAAUACUGUUAUGGAUUUGACUGGUCCAAAUGACACAGAAUAUUUGGAAAGAUCCCUCACUCCAGAAAAAAUCCUCCCCGAUUUGGAAGACAACAAUGAUAAUAUAGAUAACAAUCAAAUUUUGUCAGAUGAAUGUACACAGCCAUCAAUAUCAAGUAGUGACAGUAUAGUCUCACACACAUUCUCAGUUAUAAAAAAUGUGGGAAAUCCUCCUUCAUAUAGAGAUUCUAAAGCAAGUGUGAUGGAUAGCAAAAUUGAAGCUGAGUUUUCAGACAGUUGUCCUGUCCCUGAUUUAAUUUGUAAUGAGAAACCAUCUAUAUCACCCUGCAGUGAGCUGUCAGAAAAUGGAGAUAAUUCUAUUGAUCAUACCUCAGUUACACCUAAGCCUCAUAGUAGUCACCAAACAAAUGUAGAUACUUUUGAAAAGACAACUACCUAUCAGAAACCUUAUAGAAAUAAUGCAUUGAGACUAAAUAACAUAUUUGUUAAGAAACAUAAAAAAAUCUUACAAAUAAAAAAUGCUAAGACCUUUCCUACUAAUGAUAGCUCCAUACAGGGUGAAACCGAACCUAUAGCUUCAUCAUCAUGUAGUAGAUCUCCAGAAAAUUAUUCAAUAAAUAAAAUUCAUCACAUAGAAAAUAAUGAAAUUCAAGAAAAAUUAAGUACACUCAAAACAAUAUCAGUUGAAAAAAUCAUAAUUGAAAAUGAAGAUGAUCAUCAUGGUUUUGAUGCUGAUACUGAAGAGCAAUCAAUGGAUAUUGAACCUGUGGCACAGUCUAGCACAAACCCGCAAGAUCAGUUAACUACAAGUAUUGAUGUAGUUCAGGUGAAAGAAGAAGCUAACACUAGCAAUGAGGAUACAUUUAGUAAUGAAAAUAGUCUAUCUAAUCGAGGCACUAUCACUCCAAUAGAAACUUUGCGCCCAAUUAAUGUUAUCACAUAUGGUAACAUGGCACCUGGGGAUUUUGAUGAUGAAUCCAACCAUAGAGAAUUGUUGGAACUUGAAGCAGCUUCCAAAAACAAACAAUUUGUCAGUAUGAUGAAUGACAAUUACUUUGGAGAUAACAUAUAUUCAGAUUAUUUUACUCCAGACAGGGAAUCGUUAGAUUCAGAGAGAGUGUCAGGCUUUCCAAAGGAAGGUCCAAAAGACGGUAUGUACAUAUGGGGAGAGCCAUCGCAUAAAGAGAGCGAAUUCGUUUUGCCAAAUUUCAUACACGAGAGUUAUAAGAUAGCUGAUAGUAAUGGGAUUGAUUAUUCAGAUAUGGGUAAUAGGACGGGGCAGAUAGAAGGCGAUCGCGACAGCAAGACUGAUGUGCUCAGCGAAGGGCCAAGUGAACCGCCCCUGAAUAUUUGCGCCGAUGAGCGCAUGCCUCCCCGCGGCGAGCUCAGCGGCCAGGAGAGCAACGGCGACAUGGAAUCUCCUUGGAGCGGGAUAUACCCUGACAUACCACCUGCUGAGCCCUAUGACUUGAUAGCACGGGAAAGUUGGGUGUCCGAUGGCUCUGAGAUGGAUCCAAAUGAAAAAAGAGAUAAUUUGGAAGAGGAAAUCUAUCCGAAAGUGCGGGGUAGUGUGUGCGCAGAAUGCGGUGCUAAAUUUGCAUCGGCAAAAGAGCUUCGGGCGCACAGAGCGAGUACACACGCACUAUCGGAAUCCGUGGACAAGACAUACAGUCGCAUGCUUACUGCGCGGGCCAUUAAGAAAGAAGAGAAACCCGACGAAACAGUACUGCAAGCGGCUGCAAGCAUGAUACCCAUAGACUCCAAGGAGUCAAUAGCUACGACCAUGCUGCAAGUGUACGACGCAAUGGCGGAGGCCAAGCCGAAGCUGGAGGGGCUCAUCAAACAAGAACCGAAGCAGAGGAGGCGGCGAGACUACGUCUGCCCCACCUGCAAGGUUGAUCAGCUGACCGACGCUGCGUUUCACGCCCAUCUCAAAAUCCACCCGCUCGAGUGCCUCACUUGCGGCAAGUGUUUCUUCCGGAGGGCGAACCUGGCACUACACAUCAAGACCCACUUAGGCAUCAAAAACUUCAAAUGUGAUGUUUGCGAGAAACGGUUCAUCACGAAGCAAAAGCUAAUGGAGCAUCACAACAUUCACACGGGACGAGCGCCCGUCAAAUGCACCGUCUGCGACGACACCUUCCGACGAUACUCCAAUAUGUUGCAACACCGGGAUCGCCACCAUUUCCAGAAGAAGCCUAAAGUGCGGGACUACGUAUGCCAAUGCGGGGCCGUUUUCCAGUCCAAGGCUAAGCUUCAAUGGCACCGCGAGACCCACGACCCCAGACCGAAGGCCUGCCUCUACUGCAGCGACAAGUUUGUGCACGCGGCUUCGCUCACCCGCCACGUCAGGAGAACGCACAAUGUCUACUAUUUAUCGGAGAAACAGAAGGGCAAAACAGAGAAUGUGCCCUGUCCAGUUUGUAAACAGAUAUAUCUCCGGACAAAUCUACGAGCUCAUCUCGCGACUCACACGGGCGCGCGUGCUCACGUGUGCGUAAUAUGCAGUAAAGCAUUCACCACCAAAUGGAACCUGAAGCUUCACCGUUGGACUCAUCUCGCGCGCUCCGCUAAACCAUACAAAUGUGCCCUCUGCAAGGGCGCGUUCAUCCGGCACGCGGAGUACGUGGCGCACAUGAACGCGCACCGCGCCGUGCGUCCGUACACGUGCAACUACUGCGGCUGCAAGUUCAUCCGCAAGUACAACUGCCAGCGGCACGUGCGCGAACACGAGAACGACAAGAAGUAUGUGUGCAAGGUGCCGGAAUGCGGUAAGUCGUUCCACAGAAGCUACUACCUCUCGGAGCAUAUGAAAGUGCACAGCGGCGCGCGGCCAUUCUCAUGCAACAUAUGUGGGAAGACAUCGAGUAACAAAUCUAAUCAUAACAAGCAUCUCAAAAUACACCACGCUAGGGAACCAGUUGCUACGGAGGCGUAGAUACGAGUGCCGUGGAAUACUAACUACCAAAGUACUUUCAAUGAGGGGUUUCUGAAAUGACGGGCGCCAGGUGGCAGCAUUGAGCCGUAAGAUCUAGUCGUCAUUGUCUUUAAACUAAUUUAGAAAAAAAAAUGAUUUCUCGAUGAAUUCGCUCCAAUAACUUCGUUAAAAUAACCUUAGUGCCAUUCUAACUUUAUUACGGUUAUGAAGUUAGCAGCGAGCGCGGCUAUGCGCAGGUUUCAGUCCAGUGACAUCAUAGAGCAACACGGCCGACGCAGCCAGGAAGGGAGUAGGCAUACGCAGCUGUCCACUCUGUCGGGUUGGGCACAAAAAUUGGGCAUACAAACGAUAUGUGUGUGUGCAGGAUUUGAAGCUAUAU